AUGCGCGAGAUCAUCACACUGCAACUGGGAAAUCUCAGUAACUAUACAGCCACGCACUUCUGGAAUACCCAAGAAUCAUAUUUCACAUAUGCCGGACAAGAAGAAUCAUUGGUAGACCACGAUGUCCAUUGGCGAGCUGGAGUUGGAGCUGAUGGCUCCGAAACUUUCCUCCCACGGACGGUAAUUUACGACCUGAAGGGCGGCUUUGGAUCCCUACGAAAAUUCAACGCAUUGUACGGUGCGGCAUUGGGUGACACUGCUGCUGAUGACUCGUUAUGGGCUGGUCGAUCGACGGUGCACAAACAGCAGCCGGUAAGGCCGAGUGCCUAUCAAGAAAGUCUCGACGCCGGUACUGAACCACCUACGCUCACAACAUCGAGCGUGAGGUAUUGGUCAGAUUUCUCCAGAGUCUAUUUUCAUCCAAAGUCACUGGUGCAGUUGUAUGACUUCGAGCUGGAUUCUACAAUUCGCCCAUUUGAAAGAUUUGAAAUGGGAAAAGAGUUGUUUGCAUCAUUAGAUAAGGAACACGAUAUCCUCGACAGGGACUGGCGACCAUUUGUGGAAGAGUCUGACAUGAUGCAAGGAAUGCAAGUCUUCACCACGUUUGAUGACGCCUGGGGAGGCUUUGCUUCUUCAUACCUGGAAGCUCUGCGAGACGAGUACCCAAAAUCCUGCAUCUGGGUCUGGGGAAUGCAAAGUCCGGUGGUGGACGUUCCCCAAGCCAAGCGUCAGCUACGUCUAUCCAACAUUGCCCAAAGUUUUCAUCAGGUGUAUGCACAAGCGUCAAUGGUUGUGCCUUUGGCCCUACCCGAAUCCCAGCCACUGCCAGAAAUAGAACUGGACCCUAAUUCUUCAUGGCAUGUUUCUUCUCUUCUUACUACCGUCGCCGAGAGUGCCUUGGCCCCUGCUCGUCUGAAAGGUAGUAGCGGAGGGUCGCUCAGCGAUUUGGCCCAGAGCCUCAACACCAACGGCGGUCAGACUUUUGCCAAAGCGAGUAUGUCCCUUCCCGGGAGCGAUAUUACCGGCGCGGAAGACAGCAUGGACUUCCUCCAAAUCGGGCGGGAUGGCGGCAAGAUCAAACAUCGCCGACAGCGCAUUUUUGGACAGACCACAUGCUAUCGUGGACCACUGUCGGACACACAGGAGUCAAAGGAGGCAGCAACAGCACCGCCUCGUCAAAUAAUUGGUAGUCCGGUCACAAGGAACUACUUCACAAAGUUACAAUUUCCCCUGCUGGAUAGCUACCCACAUAUAUACCGCGACAUGAUUGACAAGCAGAGUAUAGCUGUCCGUACCGUUAUCAGGACGGAUACGUCAUUCACGACUCGAUUUAAGAAUCUGAGGUCACAAACAACCCGCCUUAUCGGCCUAGACGAGCGUGAAACAAUAAGCAAUGGCCUUGCCGAGAUUGCUGAAGCCUAUCAAGAUGACUGGUCUAGUGGCAGUGACGAAGAUGACGAUGAGUUGUGA